CAAAAAAUGGACGGAGAUUUAACCGUCGAAGUUAAAGGGAAUAAUUCAAUUUAUUUAAACGCUACUGUUGUCGAUGUACAAAAAGAUGGAGUAGUAGUUAUUUAUCAUAAAAGCCCCCGACCAGCCUCAUUAGUGCCUUUCUCCGACGUUAGACUUGCCUUGAGAACCUAUCAUCAUACAUUUAGUGAGGGUGAUGAAGUCGAAGUUUGUAAAUACAUAGAAAGUGAGCAAGCAUUUGGUUGGGUGGAUAGUCGAGUUAAGAUGAUGAGGGGGGAGUUUGUCGUCGUCGAAUUCCCCAACGAAGAAACCAAAGAUUCUAAAACAGUACCUGGUGAUAUAGUACAGAUAGAGAACGUCAGAUUUAAAAAUACAAAUCCCCCAGUAACGUCAUCGACCUUCCACAGACUCAUCAUUGAAGUACCGCCUGAUCUCUUUCCAAUCUGUAGAGACCCUAGCUCUCACAAAGAUUUCAAACAGUCCUGUGCGGCCUCUCUCGUCGAGUUUAAGGAACAAGAUGGCUCCCUUGUUGUUAUUUCCCAGUACGAGUCUGUGGUUAAAAAGGCUUUCUUACUGUCAGAGAUGCACAUGAAGGGUCUACGCCAGAAGAUGCUCCUGAAACAAAAAACUGAAGAUGCUGUUAAGAAACUUGAGACGUCGAGACAAGCGCCUUCUAACUAUUCCGAAGAGUUUACGGUGCCGAAGGAUUUGAUAGGUCUGGCUAUCGGCAGUCACGGUUCAAACAUUGUAGCUGCCCGUAAACUGUCCGGCAUCAUAUCUAUCGACCUCAAUGAGGAACUCGGAUUGUUUACCAUAUAUGGGCAAUCGGAAGAGGUUGUAAAAGAAGCAAGGGCUAUGCUAGAAUACGUCGAGGCCAUUGUUCAAUUGCCAAGAAUGCUCGUGUCAAAGAUUAUUGGAAAGAAUGGACACAUCAUUCAGGAUAUUGUCGAUAGAUCGGGAGCUAUCCGGGUUAAGAUUGCCGGCGAUAAGGAUAUGAAUGAACCAAGGAUUGCGGGACAAGUUCCUUUCAUAUUUGUCGGCCAGCCUGAAAGCAUUAACAAUGCCAAGUUACUCGUUGACUACCAUAUCAAUCAUCUCAAGGAGAUAGAGAAAUUGACACAACGCAAGCAGAUGUUGGAUGAUGAACUAAGGGAGCUGUUGAAACAUCAUCAACACAUCUUAUCGUACAGGAGGCCAUCUGAGAGCAAGAACAAAGACUCCGAGAACCAGGGCCCAGCAGCAGCUGCGUCUGUGCAGGCAGUAGCAUCCAACAACAACAACAAUAGCAACAACAUCAACACAACAGCAGCAACAAACAGCAACAGCAGCGAUGACGUCAACGCAUCAGCAGUAAAACAAUCGCGUCCGACCUCGUCGUCAACAACAACAUCACUAUCAUCUCAAGCCAAUGAAAAUUCCAACAACAACAGAAACAACAACAACAGCAACAAUAACAACAGAAACAAAUACAACAACAAUAACAACAACAACAAUAAAAACAACUACAAUAAUGGUAAAUAUAAUAACAAAAAUAAUAGACCUAUGGCCUACAACAACAACAGCAACA